AUGUCUAUCACACCAGAAGAAGUUCCUAAACCUGAAAACCAUUUCGCACCGAUCGGAGAAACUGCUGAAGCUAUUCAAGCUCAUGAGGAUUCAGUUCAGGAUGACGAUGAUGGAAAUGGAAAUGAAGAACAUGUAGAAGGUGUAGAUUCAAUCGAAAGUCUUUGUAUGGACUGUGGCAAGAAUGGUAUGACUCGAAUGUUGUUAACGUCAAUUCCAUUUUUUCGAGAAGUGAUUAUCGUUUCCUUCAAAUGUCCACAUUGUCACAACUCGAAUAAUUCAAUUCAAUCAGCUGGUCAAAUCCAACCACGUGGAUCAACUUAUACAGUCAAACAACUUUGUUCAGCAGCAGAUUUAAAUCGUUCGAUUAUUAAAUCUGAACAUUGUGUUGUGAAACUACCAGAACUUGAACUUGAAAUACCAAAAGGAAAAGGAAAGAUGACAACAGUAGAAGGAUUGAUUAAGGAUUGUAUUGACGAUUUAAGUUUAAAUCAGCCGGUUCGUCAACACACUGAACCGAUCGUUUAUGAAAAGAUUGAAGCUUUACUCGAAAAAUUACAACGAAUCAUUGGUCCUGAUGCUGAACCUGUGACUGUUCAACUUGAAGAUCCUAGUGGGAAUAGUUUUAUUGAAGCUAUCGGAGGUUUAAGUGAUCCGAAAUGGUCGAAACGCGAGUUUAAUCGAACUGCUCAACAAAACAUGGAACUUGGCUUACUACCCGAUGCAGAUCAACCUUUACCUGAGACGACACUAACGGACGAUUAUGAGGUUGAGAAACCUGAAGAAGUUUACUCAUUCCCUUCCACCUGUACUUCAUGUGGGAAGACUCUUGAAACUUAUAUGAAACCUAUCUCGAUUCCUCAUUUCAAAGAAGUCAUCUUAAUGUCAACCAAUUGUCAUUCUUGUGGAUAUAAAGAUAACGAAAUCAAAUCAGGAGGUGCUAUCUCUCCUUUAGGCACUCGACUCACUUUAAAUGUUAAAGAUAAAGAAGAUUUAAGUCGUGAUAUUUUGAAGAGCGAGAGUGCAUCAUUAUCAUUACCAGAGAUUGAUUUACAUCUCAAUCCAGGUACAUUAGGUGGGAGGUUUACGACUCUUGAAGGAUUACUAAAUCAAGUUUAUGAAGAACUCGAUCAAAAGGUCUUUGCAAGAGGUGAUUCAGCUUCUGUCAACGUAACAGCUGACUCGUCUGCGCCCAAUGCGAAUAAGUCAAAUAUGGAAUCCUUUUUGGCUAAAUUGAAACAGGUUAUAGAUGCUGAACUGCCUUACACAGUCAUCAUUGAUGAUCCAUUAUCAAACUCGUAUAUCCAAAAUAUCUAUGCACCAGAUCCAGAUCCAGAAUUAACAAAGGUAGAAUAUACACGCACGGCAGAACAAGAUGAUGAAUUAGGAUUAAGUGACAUGAAGACUGAAGAUUAUUAA